GCAGACUUUGCACGUGUUGAUAUGAUUCUGCAGAUUUCUUAAUCCUGUUCAACUUUUCUGAGUGGAAAUACCUUCACAGAUUGAAGAAAAUCACAAUGAAUGAAACUUGUGAAGUAUGCAGUGGCAAGGAAUUCACGGUGGAAGCAGGCUUCCAUUACUGUGUCGAGUGUGGAACCAAAUCGCUCCGCCACGGGCAGGAAUUGGUGGACGAGACCCAUGAAACCGAAGGUCGCUACGGGAUGGGCAUUAAGAUAUUGAAAACGAAAUAUAAACAGAAAAUGAUCACCAGCUGGGAACAGAUCAAUUACAUACUGUUGGGAUACGCGGAUCGUUUGGUGACUUUGGGGGCUGGAGAUAAUUUUAAGCUAACCGUGUUGCAACUGUGGACCACCUAUCUGCGGCGAAUGGAGAUCGCAUUUUUCGACAAAGAGAAACCGGAGAAACCGCGAUUGCAUGUAUUCCACAGGAAGACAGAUGCUGAGAUAAUCUACAACCGAAAAAGAAGGCCACCGAAACGUCGUCGCUCUACAAACUCGCAAUCUGAUGCGCAGGAUGGCAAUGCAUCUUCUGAUGCAAGUUUUUCAGGGACCGCGUCUUUCGUUAGUCGUAGAGCCAAAAGUAGGAGAACAAAUGCAGCUAGGUCGAAGCUGAUGGGAGCCGAGUACGAGUCAUUUGUCUCCAGCCAGUUGGAUGUUAGUAGAUCGUUGCACGAGCUGUCCGUAAAAUCGUUGAACGUAAGCCUCUCCGGAUCGGAAAGUCAAUCUGUGGUUGGGCAACGGAUCAAAUAUUCCCGUUUAUCGCGGAUAACCAUGAAACGGAAGUUGUGUAUGAGCACAGCUCACAUCGAUAACCAUGAACAAGAUGUGGACGAGCGGCUCAGUUGUCACAGUCUUCAAUCUCACGGUACUUCGGAGAAUGCUCCUAAAAAACCGAAAAUUGCCAAAUUGAAAUAUAUUCGCCGAACCCAUCCGGAGAAUCCCACCAGAGCGUUGGUGAGUGCAAUACUGGGAUUAGCCCUGAACGCAUCUAGAAGUGAUGUUCAAUUGGCGGAUUUGGUUCGGUUUCAUAGGGAAGGGCACAUUUCUCAUACCAAUCUGCUGCAGUAUCUUCCGGAAGAACUCGAUGCCAGUUGUUACACGGAGACAAUUGCAAGUUUCCAGAAAGGUACCUCAGUGUCCCACAGUCAACUUCGGACGGGAGUCGUGGAAAUGGUAAGAUUUUUACAUGUUGAUCCCGUUACCCCGGAUUUGCGUAAAUUAUGCACCCGCUAUUUGGACGAUUUGUGUCUUCCAGCGGAUAUUAUUCUGUACAUAGAAAGACUGAUGGUUGUGUUUCCCCCGGCGAUGAAAUACGAUGGCACCCGCCACCUUCCUCAUUAUGAAGGCAGAGCUAUGGCGUAUAUUAUUUUCGUGCUCAAGCUUUUGUUUGGCCUCAAUGACAUCAACGAGGUGAGGAUGUCCAAAAGUGCGGCAAAAUUCAAUAGAAAAUUGCUUGUGAUGAACCCCUCCUACAAAUCGGUAUUCGUAUUCACCGAAUGGCUUCGAUAUGUAAAAAUGAGAAUAGUUAUAUUAGGACAAGUGUACCAUCCAAUCAAUCGAAUGAUAGCUACUGAGGAAGGCUUUGAACAAGAUGCCGGGCUGUUCAUCGAUUACACACUCAAACGUAAACGUUCGGCAGAUUCUUUCCGGGUUUCCUCACAACCAGUGAACAAAAAAUGGAUGUCAAAUCUAUAUGAUGUGGUCACUAAUAUGGUUGACAUUCAUCAUCAACGAGGCCUUUCCGUUGCCUCUCCACAAAGUAUUGAUUUUGUGCCCUGUCUAACACCAUACAAAACGUAUCUUCAAAGGUUCAUCUUAGCUUACAACAACGAUGGAAAAGUUCACGUUCCAAAUUACAUGAAAGUAGAUCACCAUGAUCGAAGCGUGGCCCCUUUUGUGGACUGCACGGAUCUGAAAAAUCUGCUCUCAGCAAAUCACAACAUCCGACUCCGCACCAAAAAAGUCAAAUCAUCGAUCGACUCAUUCAAAUUCGCAGACACCGUUACCACAUCUGAUUUCCUAUCAAACUUGGAACGCAAACACGAGCCGUACUUUGUCGCGGGAAGCUGUGACGAGUCCGACUGGGUACCAAUGGAAAAGAGUUCUACCGGACGGACCCAUGAACGCAUCCUGAGCGAAAUAUUGAGCAGAAAUGAAGCCGAGAAAUGUGUGUCUGAACUGAUGCGAGAAUCGCCCGAAGAUUCGGUGCUCAUUCCGGAUGAAACAUCCAUCGUCACGGAAAAUGCUUCCUUCUCGCAGUGGUCCGAGGAGAUGUUCUCCCAAGAAUCGGACAUCGCGCCAAAUCAAAGCGCCGGUAGAGCGACACCGCACAUGGGAAAACCUCAAAUUUUAAGUUUACUAACGUCCAACUACGAUUACUGGAUUCGUUUUCACAGCCCGACGGAUAUCGCUUCGAUGGAGAAAUUCAACGAGCGGAUUGGCGUCGGUCUUCCGGAGAAUUUUCGUCUGCUGCUGGAGGAAUGCGCCCGGGUGGUCGAGAGCCAACCCCACGUUCUCUAUCGUGAGCUAUUCGAGCUGGAAAGCUACUUUUUCUACGCUGUACAACCGGUGGAUAGGUUUUUCGGCAACGGCAUUGGAACCGAUGAGGUAUUGUUUCAGAAUUUGAGCUCUUUGGGAGCUCAGCUGCGGCAGAAGGUGGCGAUAGCUAAACGGGCGUAUUGAGCGGGUGUAAUCAUCCAAUUCAGUAGAGCGCUGAAAUAAAACAAGUGUAAAUUUGAACGAGCUGUCAAAUGUAUCUUUGAACAUCCAGAGGUUCCAGUGGUCGAAUGGUCCAGAAAAAGCCCGUUCUGCGAAUACAACUGCCGCAUGCUUUCAAAAAUUGUAAUCGUUGGCUAUGGAAGGUAAAACAAGGAGUCCGGAGAGAUUUUUUCUCGAAAAGCUAAAUGAAGCUAAACGACUUUGUGGCGAUAACAAAGAGAACUGCUAAGCAAUGGAAUCCCAAUGGAAUUAUUUAGUCGGUCGGAAAGUAGUCUUCCUGACAUGUGUGUCGUGCGAAGACCGAACCCGCAAGAAUUGCAGGAAUUUUGUAGUAUUUGAAGCUUUGAUAGAGCAGAUCGUCAUGACCAUCCGUAGAGAACGUAUUUUUAUCUAAGUUAUUUUUCUCCAUUUAGUUAAUUGAUGCAAAAACUGUGAAUCAUUGAAAUAGAGAAAAACCUGCUCAAAAAGUUUAGUGUUUGG